AUGGAGUUGAGAAGGAUUCCAGAUUCCAGAUCAAAUAAUAACCGAACAUCUUUUUUAAUAAAAGAUAUUUUAUUUCGUCAUCAGAAGCCAUCUUUAACUCAGGUAUCUGGAUUAUCAAUACCGGAAGGUUAUCACGGAACAUUAUUACCACCUGGUAAUUCACAUUUGCAUCAUCCUCCUGCUGUACAUCAUUACCUUCACGAGCCUGAACCUUUUUUUUUAUCAACACCUGGUUUACCGUUCGGUACUUUAUUUACCGGUUUAGAUUUAACGGGUAAACAUUGUCGUCGAAGAAAAGCUCGAACGGUUUUUUCCGAUCAUCAAUUAACAGGUUUAGAAAAAAGAUUUGAAGCCCAAAGAUAUUUAUCGACACCGGAAAGAGUUGAAUUAGCAAAUGCAUUAAAUUUAUCCGAAACUCAAGUGAAAACAUGGUUUCAAAACAGAAGAAUGAAGUACAAAAAACAAUUAAGAAAAAUAAAUCACGAUAAGAAUAGGCAGACGGUAGCAGACGACAGCACGGGUAAGAAAAUAAGAAAGAAGAAAGUCGUCCACAAAUUACAACAAGACGAAAGAAAAUUUUCAAUUAAUUACAACAAAAAAAAGAAAACUUUUUAUAUUGAGAAAAUUUACUUUGAUGUGACAAAAGUGAAAAAUGUUCCGGUGGAUUUUUCCAGAACGUCAAACGGUUCAAUUUCUUCAAACGACUGCAAAAUAAAUAUUUAUAAUAAUAAUUACGAUGGUAUACCAUCAACGGAUAAAUACGUUAAUAAUGGCAUCGUUCAAAAAUAUUUCGAUUCGAAAGAAAAUGAAUAUAAAUUAUUAGAAAAAUGUAAAUAUCGCGUAUCACGUGGGAAUAAUGAUGAUAAUAAUGAUGAUGAUGAACAACUUAUACAUAUUAAUAAUAGUGAUAAAGAAAAAAAAAGAAAUUCGUUAAUUAAUAAUAAUAAUAAUAAUGAUGGUAUGAAUGGUUGUAAUAGUGAUAGUGAUGAUAGCGAUGAUGAAAUUGAUAUUGUCGGAACUCAGUGUUAG